AUGCCUAUGCUGCCUAAUCCUGCCGAGAAAUACUUACCGUAUCCUGCGGUCAAUUUUCCGUCCAACUACGUUCGCCAAUGGCCAGCCAGAAGAACCACCAUCUCUCCAACGUGGCUCUCAACAGAUUUACGGGACGGAAACCAAGCACUAGUUAAUCCCAUGAGCAAUAAGACGAAACUCGAGCUCUUCCGAUUACUAGUUGAUAUCGGUUUCAAAGAGAUCGAAGUCGCAUAUCCAUCUCUUAUCGAAGACGCCGAAAUCCCAGAGGACGUCGCUAUUCAAAUCAUCACUCCCGCCCGUUCGGAUCUAAUAACAAAGUCUAUCUCAUCUUUAUCUGGUGCAAAGCAUGCGAUCAUCCACCUUUAUAAUGCCGUAUCUCCUGUCUUCCGCGAAGUCGUAUUCAGGAACACCAAGGCACAGACAAUCGAGUUAACUCUAAACGCUGUUCGUUUGGUCAAACACUUGACUGAAGAGGAGACUGCUCGAUCUGGUACACGCUUCACGCUAAAUUAUUGUUUCGAGACGUUUUCCCAGACUGAACCCGAAUUCACGGUUGAACUUGGCAACAGAGUUCUAGGGGAAUGGGGAAAAGCCAGCCCGGAAGAUAAGGUCGAGUACUUUUCCAACCAUAUCAAUCAGCGGGACAGCGUUAUUCUCAGUAUCCAUCCUCAUAAUGAUAGAGGAACCGCUGUUGCUGCAGCAGAAUUGGGCCUUCUCGCUGGAGGCGCUCGCGUUGAAGGCUGCCUUCUCGGGAACGGCGAACGCACAGGAAACGUCGAUCUAAUCUCCCUCGCUCUGAACCUCUACUCCCAAGGCAUCUCUCCUCAUCUCGACUUUUCCAACCUCCCGGAAAUCGUCGAGAUUGUCUGCCGUUGCAACGAAAUGGCCGUACCCGCUCGUUACCCGUACGCCGGGAACCUCGUAUUCUCCGCUUUCGCAGGGACACACCAAGACGCUAUCAAAAAGGGACUUGACUCUCAAGCGAAGCGGUGGGCAGAAGUCGAUCGCUCCGGGAUGGGCAUCAAGUCCUGGGCUAUGCCGUAUAUCCCCUUGGAUCCUAAGGAUAUCGGGUAUGGCUACGAGAACCUUAUCAGGGUCAGCAGCCAGAGCGGGAAGGCAGGAGCUGCGUAUGUCAUCAAGCAGAAGAUGCAACUCGACCUACCUCGCCGCAUGCAAGUAUCCUUCUACGGUGUCGUCCAAAAGGAGAGCGAACGCUUGGGCAAAGAGAUGACGGCCGUCCUGAUCACCGACGCCUUCAAACGGACGUAUUCCAUCCACCAUCUGCCUAUUAACCGACUUUACCUUCAGUCCUACCGUCUCUUACCAUUAUCGCCAUCAUCCAAAGAGCCUUCUUCGCCAGCCUCGGACUAUUCCGAUGACCUCUUUGCCUUAUCUUCCGCUGAAGACCACGAGACUCGCUUCAGGUUUGAGGGGCACGUCGUCGUCGACGGUGCUUCACGCGAUAUUCAGGGUGACGGCAGUAACACCGUCCAAGCAGUCAUGAACGCCAUGCACACGUGCCUCGACCUGGAACUCACCACGGGUGAGUACGCUGCACAGAUGAUCAACGCCGAGAAGGCUCCCAAGGCAGCGACGUUCCUCGAGCUGCGUGGACCAGGCGGCGAAAGUGCAUGGGGGGUUGGUAUCUCUGAUGAUGUGACGACCUCUAAAUGCCGCGCGGUCAUCAGCGCCGCCAACGGACUCUUAGGUGACCGACCCAUCAUCCCCCAAAAGAUGAUGUUCACUCCCCGUCCUCUCCUCGCUCAGAGUCAGCUAUCGGACAACUGGCUUCGAGACGUCAAGUUGAGGACAGGGCACGCUCUUUUGCCCACACCCGAGCAGGAAAGGACAGAGUUGCUCCAGAGGGGGACAUCGGUUUGA